UAAAUGGAACUGACCCACAGAUGCCCCUCUGGUGCAGGCCUUAUAUGGGCAUCACUUAUAACAGGUUCGUUGUUGGAGAACGUUCCAUGAUAAGAUGGACAUAACAUUGUAAGAUGUUCUAUUAUAAUUUGAGCAGGGACACAAAGCUUGUUUCUUCCAAAUGACCGCAGAGAUUAGACAGCAGUGAACCGUGUCCUUGAGCACGUUCGGGACAGGAAACCGGACAUGGACCACACCUAAUAGGCUUCCUGUGCUUCCCUCUGGACGCACAACCUGAUGGAGCUGAAGCAUCAAAGAGAUGUUUGGUUUUCUAAAGUCUCUUCAGGAUUAUUUUUUUUUUUACUUAAAAAUACAGGAGAUGUUUCAAUGUGGUUAAAGUUCUGGCUAUUUUAUUUUGCCAAAUACAUCUCCAGCCUUGUUCCCAUGCGGGUACUAGCCCCUUUUUCUGGAAUAUUCACCAUCAUCAUCAUCAUCAUCAUCAUCAUCUUCCUCCUUCUCAUCAUCAGCAUCAUCAGUUUCCCCAUCCUACAACUUAGAAUAAAACUGCAGUUUCCAAACUCGAUGGAGCACAUUCGGCCAGCUGGAAGAGUGACCACAAACGAAGAGCUCGAGGACAUGCUAGAAUGCGGAAAUCCAUCCAUCUUCACUUCUAAUAUUAUUUCAGAUUCUCAAAUCACGCGGCAGGCGCUGAACGAGAUCGAGUCGCGUCACCAGGACAUCAUUCGUCUGGAGGCCAGCAUCAGAGAGCUGCGCACCAUGUUCAUGGACAUGGCCCUGAUGGUGGAGACCCAGGGGGACAUGGUCAACAACAUUGAGAAGAACGUCUCAACUGCCGCUGAGUACAUCGGCAUGGCGAAGGAGGAGACCAAAAAGGCUGUGCGGUACCAGAAGAAGUCCCGCAGGAAAUUUGUUUUCCUUGCAUUUGCAAUAUUGAUCCUGAUUGCGGUCGUUGCACUUAUUGUUGGCCUGUCUGUUGGGCUAACUAAACCCCCUGCCUGAGAAUCACUCAUCACUUCCUCAGACCAUUCCCUACCUCAUCGAGGGUCAGGAAGGAGCCAUGGUUCUCAUACUCUUGGUUGGAAUCUUUGACUGAUGGAUCCUAUAGCAAAUCACCGUCAGCUGAGUCUGUGUCUGGUGUGGAUUCACUUAGUCACUUAGUCAACCACAAAACCUAAAACAUGACCAAUCAACUUUUUUCCUCACAUCCAUCCAUCUUGUUCAAAAUUCUUUCAACCAAUGGGUGCCUAAAGAAUAAAUCAUAUCAACACACA